AAGCCGAACGAAGAAGAAGAAGAAGUCCAUCAUGUGCUGCUCUGAAGACUGUAAAUGCAGGCCUCUAGGGUUUCUGCUAGGGCUUCCCUUUGCCUUCUUGUCUUUGCUCCUCUCUCUCAUAGGUGUUAUCAUCUGGAUUGUUGGGUUGAUAUUAACAUGUAUAUGCCCAUGUUGUCUAUGUGUGACCAUUAUUGUUGAGUUUGCGUUGGCUCUGAUCAAGGCUCCAAUACUGGUGAUGGAGUGGUUCAUCUCUAAGAUUCCAUGUUAGACAUACAAGGUUCUCUUACUGGUUCGAUUCGGAGUAUCCAAAGGGUUUUUUUUUUUGCAGUUUAAUUUUCAUUGAUUCAUUUCUUCUGGUUUUAUUUGAUCA